AACCUUGGCGUGGCUUCCAACAAGGCCCAUAUUCAUAUAUUGUGCUCUUAUUUUGGAAUUAUAUUUAAGUCUGUUUUAUGAACUAAUCAUCUCCAAGGCCAUAGCAAGAAGAUUCAAAAACCGCGAUUUCAGAAACUUAGAGUAGGGUUCCGUUUUUGUCGUCGAGUAGUCAAUGACUGGGACGCCUUACUUGAACAAGUGGUAUCAGCACCAUCAGCGAAAGUUUUCAAAGAGAAGCUGAACCUUCACUAAAAUUCAAGCUGCAAAGGUUAACACAGGUCUGUCAACCUACUAUCUUGGUUAUUGAAGACUGAAUUGACUAAAUUCGUUCUACAAUCUGCUCGUAAAUAUUUGUCGACAUUUGUAGUAUAUUCUUCAGAAUCAGAUGGCCACCAUGUGGAGCCGAACCGAAAGACAUAAAUGGAUGUGCUUUCUGUUUAUUGGUGCAGUUGGCCUCUAUGCUUCUAGGGCAGUAAUGCCGAUUGCUUCCGUUGCUAUUGCCUCAGAAUUGAAUUGGAAUCGUAAGGAAAUGGGUUUCAUGAUGGGCAUCUUCUUUUGGGGCUACGCUGUUACACAGUACCUGGGUGGUUAUCUAAGUGAUGUGUUUGGUGGAGAAAUUGUAAUUGCAAUCAGUUCUCUAGGUUGGUCUAUACUAACCGUUUGCUUUAUAUGGCUCCCAAGUAUCAACCUGGGCUCAAAUGAUAUAUAUGGGCUUUUCAUAAUUACUCGCUUUUUACUAGGGAUAUUUCAAGGAUUUUACUAUCCGAGUUUAGCAAGUCUAAUGGCCAAUCGUGUUCAAGUAUCCAAUCGAAAUAUCACUUUUGCUGUGAUAACUGCUGGUACACAUUUGGGAACAAUCUUAUGUGGUUCACUGGGUUCUUACUUAGCUGAAAAUGAUGGCUGGCGUACACCGUUUUUCUGGAUUGGAAUAUCAUUUUUUGCAUGGUCUUACAUUGUCUAUUUAAUUGUUACCCGUGAAACUAAGAGACCACAUAAAUUGCAUUUAAUUUUACCUAGAAUACUAACAAAUUCAUAUUUUAUUAACAAGAAUGUAACAAUAAGUCGGGAAUUGAAGUCAGAAAAUUUUGUUAAAAUAUUAGAUGUGGAAGAAAAAAUGACGCCGUCAGAAUCAACAUUUGUCUAUGUAGACUCAAAAAGUAUCGAUAAUGAUUCUGUAUCUAGUGUACCUUUACGACAUUUAAACUGGUCUCUUCUUUUCAGACACAAACCAUUUUGGGUUAUGCUUUUGGCUAAUUUUGUUCAUAAUAAUACAUUUUAUAUUAUCCUCAACUGGUGUCCUUCGUAUUUCCACGACAAUUAUCCCGAUGCAAGAAGUUGGGUUUUCAAUAUGGUUCCAUGGCUAAUUAUAUUCCCAUCUGUUUUAUUAGCUGGUGCCUUAGCUGAUCACUGGAUUAAAACUGGUAAUUGUAUUAUAUUUUUGUCAUAGAAUUCUCUUGAUAAAUUUGUCGACGAUUAUUGACCAACGUUAGUUGCCAGUACCCGAAGUUGCUUAAUAUGCUGUUCAUUAGUUCAAAAGCAUCUUGAUUUAUUUUUCAUUUCCACUAGUAAAACUCUGUAACUAUGAGUCCUGUUUAAGCGCAAUAGGGGUUCAUUUUCGUUUCCUAUUUCGGUGGUCAUAUCCUUACAAAGAUACGGUCUUUCUUAUUUUCAUUUAAAUUUAAAAUCAGUUUAUUAGUUUCCCUACUUAAGUGCAAAUGAUAUUCACUGUUCUCGCUUACAUAAAUCAUCAUUUUUCUUUAUAUUGUAGUCCUUCACACUUUUCUGGAUUGUAUAGGUUUUUGUGAAAUUGGAAUAAUGAAAUUAGUCUCAUUUUAUUUAUUAACAAAGACAAGUUCUAUGAUUCAUAUGUGUAAUAAUUUAAAAAAAACAAAACAGAUUCUUUGUAAGUUUUAUCUCUCUCAAAAGAUAUCAACAAAUAACAACUAAGGAUAUGUCACACUAAAAUAAGCAUGCUUUUUUAUGAUUAUAAAACCUCAGUAAAAAUCAACACAAGUGCGCAUUGAUUGAGGUUGCCAUGUCACAAUAAAUUGACGAGGUUAAAUUACUAUGAUGAAUGUCAAAGAAAUCAAAACCGUGUAUCACACGGACCCCAACCAGGUAGGCUCUAUCUACAAACAUGGUUUAGACUAAAAGUCAGAAACUUCAUGAAUUUUUAUUAUCUUUUGGGUUGGCUGCCCUUAGCUCUCUUACACCAUACUCAUAAACCAGUAAACAUCUGUUAAGAUAGGUGGUGAUUAGUCAUACUUAGCUCAUGUUCUGUUUCAGUCGAUAAAGAUUCACUACCUCACCAACCGGUUCGACACCUCUACACAAUUAUAAGAUUGUUUAGUCGGUUGUUCCACGAAAAUUAGGCAAUAUUUCAAAGACUUUCAGUAUCGAAUCCCUCAGUCUAAGCAUGUAUUCUACCUUCGUACAUCUUGUUUCACAGUCAUUUAGCUAUGAAAAGCGGACUUCAGCACAGCUUUUUUGUUGACAAACGGACACCACACCUACGCCACAAAUGAAACAAGCGGACUCUUCAGGACUAAUGAGACUUACAAGACAAGUACAGUAAUCGAUUCUUCAAUUACUUCGCUCUACAUAAUCGGUUUGGACGUUGAUGCAGACCACUGCUUAAUCAAUAUUUUGUGCAAGGUUCGAAUAGUACAGUCCGAAUUGUAAAUUUAACAAAUAAGUAUCAAAUUUACUAUGAUUCAUUCUUAUUUAAACUUUCCAGAUAUCCAUUUAGUUUUAUUUCAAGGAUUAUUGUAUUACAAACCUUAUCAAUUUAUCUACACUUAAUUUAAAAUAUUUUUAGGUGUAUCUGUAACAAUAGUGAGGAAAAUAAUUACGACAGUUGUUCUUUUGGGUUCAUCUUUAUUUCUUAUCAUCUUAUCAUGUCUGGACAAUUAUUAUGGGUCACUAAUUUGUAUGGCUUUUGCAUUAGCCUGUUUAGGCUUUCAUUGCAGUGGUGUAUUGUUAAAUCCUCAAGAUAUGGCUCCCAAUCAUGGUGGUCAGUUGUACGGAAUUAUGGCUACCGUUGGUACAUUUCCAGGAUUUGCAGGUGUCUAUAUGGUUGGUUAUAUAUUAGAAGCUACAAACCAAUGGUCUGUGAUCUUUAUAAUGACUGCUUUCGUUAGUAUUGUGGGUUGGGUUGGAUACGUGUUGUAUGGAUCAUCAGAAAUUCUCUUUUAAGUCAUAAUUUUCUUGAAAUAUCAAUAUUUAAGUUUCUUUAGAAUACAAUCAAUAGUGAUUUUGAAUUGUUACUUUUAUUCUUACAUCAUAUUUACAUAUCAAAUCUGUACAAAUGGACAAACUGAAAGUGAGGUGAUAACCUACGUAUCUUAGAUAUUUCCAAUAAUUUAUGUAUGUUACAUGUUUAUAUUGGUUUGGAUACGCAGUUUUUCGUCGAAUAAUUAGAGCAAAGAAACGUUCCUGCAUUUUUUUGUGUAUGUUACUAUUUCUUUGUAAGUCAUUCCUAAACAUCAUCGGCGAAUUGUUUCAAUUUCAAUGAUCCGCAUAAAUUGAAAACUCUUACCUUUUUAAAAAUAAAUGUUAAUAUGAACUUCGUGCCUAAUUUGUUCAUGUGAUACACUAUAUUUUUGUAAGUGAUUUGGUUUCGUUUUGCUUUAUAUUAUUGUCUAUGUUGACUAAUUUUAACUAUAAAGAUCAUUUGAAGUUAUUCGAGUUCCCUUUUUUGACAAUGGAAAACAAUAUCUUACAUUGUUUUAUAUUUUAUUUAAUAAAAAUCAAAAUGAGAAUCUUUACAAUUGUAAUAUUUGAUGAAUAGUCUAAAGUCGUUGAUUCUUGUCAAUUCUCCUAUUAAAUUGUUAAGAUUAAUCUUUAAUAAAUUUGAUUUUUAGAUAAUAAUUUGUGUGGUAUUUGUUCAUUAAAUCUUAAUUGUUGUUUGAAACUUCAUAAUAUAAUUGAUGCAAAUAUUUAUAAUCUCUUUCCAUGGAUAAGGUAAUUUUCAUCACAAUUAGUAAUUAGUUUUGUAGCGACAGCAGAACUCUAUGUAUAUUAGCGUUACCUAUUGAAUUUCCGUAAAUAAAUCUUUUUCGUUUAUCCUUUAACCAUUAUAUUUUUACAGUAGGUUGUUACUGUAUGUGCGACUUCAGUGGAUCGAUUUUCUAUUCGAUGGUAUUUCCUAAUAAGCUUCUGUCAUUGUAGUAGUUUGAAAAGUAUACUUUAAUAGAUUUCUAUCGUGUAAAUGUAACACCAUAACCUUUUGAGUAGGUUUUAAGUACUCUCUAUUUUGUUUAUUUUAUCGCACCUUUUGAAUCCUUAUAUAAAUUUUAAGAUGUAACAAUCAAUUUCUGUCACAUCUUUACCAUCGUUGUACAUUUCAUAACACUGAUUGUUUGUUUGUUUGCUUGACCUAUCCUUUUAUGUUGAAUGUGAAGUGGAAGGUAAUUUGUUUUAUUUAUUAUGACCACUUAAGUUGAGUGUGUAUUAAUUGGUGGAUUGGAGCGUUCUUUGGAAGCACCUGUUCACUUUUUACAUACCUCGUAAAUGUUUUGUUAUCAUAUUUUUACAUUAUUUUCAGGCAUAGAUACCUAAUAUUACUAAAUGCAUGUAGGAUUAACCAGAAGUAAGGUGAAUUUUCGAUAUCCGUUAGCAAAUUUUUCAAACACUGUUCAUUAUAAUUAUACAUCUAGAUUGUGUUUCUUUAAUUUUGUUUUGGCAUAUUGAGUUUACUUUUAGUUAUCUAUACCAUUUAUGUAGUGGUGAACAUAACGUGCUUUGUAAUUUGAUCUUUAUAGUACCUAUUUUCCAUUUCGAAAUAUUUUAUCCGUCUAUUCUAUCCGUCUCCAACACUCUUGAUAUGAUCUCCAGCUGUUUUAUUCUUGGAAAACCAAGUAAUUUCACUACUUGUAACAAAACCUGCGUUUCUGAUUAAAUGGAUGAUAUGCUUUC